AUGGCCCCGGUUUUACCCCAGUGCCCUGUUUGCUCCAAUCACUACAAGAUCACACCAGACGGGAAACUUUGCCGUCAUGGUGGAAGGGUUAAAGGCCAGGAAUGCUCGGGUUCGAGGAAAAAGGUGGAUGCACCACAGGUUGUGACCGGUCCGCCUCACGUAGCCGCAUCUAGCGAUAGACUCAUAAUGGGUGCGAUGACGGCUGUUUUGAAACGCGUACCACUGCACGAUCACAUUCUAAAACUGUUUAGAGAAAAAUGUAGCAAUGCACUGCACGAGUUACUGACGACCUUACAUUUCCAGAACUUAAAAAACCCAUUUCAUGAAAAGACCCCUUCUCUUUUGGUGGUUCCGGGUCAGUACAGUACACCCCUUGCCCACCCUUAA